AAUUUCCACCAUUUUCUCUCUCUCUCUCUAAGUUCUCUCCUUCUCUCUCUUCCCUGCUUCCGCGCAUCUCAUUUCCAGGAUUUCGCCUCCUGGUCUUCACAAUUCCUGUCUGGUUUGUUCUUGAUUUCUGUGUAAUUUUUGUGAAUCUGAUUUUUCACUUCGAUUUCACUUUCUGGAUUUGAUUUUUUUUUUUUUUUUUUUCGUCUGUGAGCUCUGUGAAAUUGUUUGAUUCUUCAUCCCUAAUGAAUUUUCUCGGAAAACAAUCAGGCAGUACUAGAGGUUUUCAAAAUUGCAGUGUGUAUCUUGCAUUGAUUUUCCUCUUGCUUUCUUCCGGCGUAUUUGAUACGAUUGCUGAAGCGCAUGUUCGUCAAGGAUUCAACGAGUCCAAUCGGUCUGGUGUUUUCGGAAUCGAAUUGCCGGAAAAUAUUAGCUCUGGUAUUGCUUCUUCUUCGGCGAGUGCUCCGUGUAGUUUCAGUAAUGAAGAUGAAGAAGAGGAAGAGAGGUUAAUGGCGAAUUCGUUGAAGAAAUCGGUGAAGCUUCACUUGAAAAAGCGGUCAACGAGUCGAGUGACGGAACCGAAGGAAUCGAUUACUGAAUCUGCAGUUAGGGAUUUGGCGAGAAUCCAAACGCUUCAUAAGAGAAUCACGGAGAGGAAGAAUCAAGAUACGACUUCGAGACUGAAGAAUGGCAAUGCUGAGCGGAGGAAACCGGCGGAGGCGGUUUCUCCGGCCGCUUCGCCUGAUUCUUACUCCGGCUACUUCUCCGGUCAGCUUAUGGCGACUCUGGAAUCUGGCGUUAGUCUUGGCUCUGGUGAGUACUUCAUUGACGUCUUCGUCGGUUCUCCGCCCAAACAUUUCUCUCUGAUUCUCGAUACCGGUAGCGAUUUGAACUGGAUUCAAUGUGUUCCUUGCCAUGAUUGUUUCGAGCAAACCGGGCCUUAUUACGACCCUAAAGAUUCAAUUUCUUUCAGAAACAUAACCUGUAGCGAUCGUCGAUGUCAAUUAGUUUCGUCUCCAGAUCCUCCGCAGCCGUGCAAAUCCGAGACGCAAUCGUGCCCUUACUUUUACUGGUACGGCGACAGUUCGAACACCACUGGCGAUUUCGCGCUCGAGACGUUCACCGUCAAUCUGACCUCGUCGACGACGCGGAAGUCGGAGUUUCGGCGAGUGGAGAAUGUGAUGUUCGGAUGCGGCCAUUGGAACAGAGGCCUCUUCCAUGGCGCCGCUGGACUUUUAGGGCUUGGCCGAGGACCUCUCUCGUUUUCAUCACAGCUUCAAUCGCUCUACGGCCAUUCUUUCUCCUACUGUCUUGUUGAUCGAAACAGUGAUACGAGCGUGAGCAGCAAACUGAUUUUCGGCGAAGACAGAGAUCUAUUAACUCAUCCGGAACUGAAAUUCACAUCGCUAAUCGGCGGAAAGGAAAAUCCAGUCGACACAUUCUACUAUCUGCAAAUCAAAUCGAUCUUCGUCGGAGGAGAGAAACUCCAAAUCCCCGAGGAGACCUGGAACAUUUCCGCCGACGGCGCCGGCGGAACAAUCAUCGAUUCCGGCACAACUCUCAGCUAUUUCUCCGAUCCGGCUUACCGAAUCAUCAAAGAAGCAUUCCUGAGGAAAGUAAAGAACUAUAAACUGGUUGAAGAUUUUCCGAUCUUACAUCCUUGCUACAACGUCUCCAGCGCUGAUAAACUUGAAUUUCCAGAAUUCGAAAUCCAGUUCGCCGACGGCACCGUGUGGAAAUUCCCGGUGGAGAAUUACUUCAUCAGAAUCGAGCAAUUCGAUAUGGUUUGCUUGGCGAUGUUAGGGACUCCAAAAUCGGCUCUGUCGAUCAUCGGAAAUUACCAGCAGCAGAAUUUUCACAUACUGUACGAUACGAAGAACUCGAGACUGGGGUUUGCGCCGAUGAGAUGCGCUGACGGUUUUACUGAGCGUGGCGCUGUGGAGAGAACCAGCUCAAAGCACGUUGCCGAUCUCUCUCAGAUUAUCGAGUGCAAAAUGGUCUCAUUCAGGUUUCAUCAGUACCAGGUCGUGGGGAGGGCUCUUCCUUCUGAAGCGGAUGAGCAUCCCAAGAUUUAUCGGAUGAAGCUUUGGGCUACCAACGAGGUCCGGGCCAAAUCCAAGUUCUGGUACUUUUUGAGGAAGUUGAAGAAAGUCAAGAAGAGCAAUGGUCAAGUUCUUGCCAUUAACGAGAUUUUUGAAAAGAACCCAACCAAGAUUAAGAACUACGGUAUUUGGCUGCGGUAUCAGAGUCGAACUGGUUAUCACAACAUGUACAAGGAGUUUCGGGAUACGACACUGAACGGGGGUGUUGAACAAAUGUAUAACGAGAUGGCUUCUCGCCAUAGGGUGAGGUGCCCAUGCAUCCAAAUCAUUAAGACAGCAACUGUUCCUGCAAAACUGUGCAAGAGGGAAAGUACGAAGCAGUUUCAUGACUCAAAGAUCAAAUUCCCCUUGGUGUUUAAGAAGGUGAGACCACCCACCAGGAAGCUCAAGACAACAUACAAAGCAUCUAAACCCAACUUGUUUAUGUAAUUGUGUUCAUCUUUCAUUUAAUUAUUGAUAUGGGUAUAGAUUUACUUAGAGAAUUAGAUGAAAUUUCUGCCAAACCAUUCUUUUCUGUAGCACAAUUAUUCCUCUGUUUUGGAGACUGAGAUGAGAUUCACAAUUUUGGUUGGACUGAUAUAAAGCAAAUUUUCUUGCUUGAUGUUA